UUCCGGGCUGCCAGGGACGCAGGGCGCACUGUCCUGGCAGGCAGGGGCGGCAGCUGCGGGGAGUUUGUCCCCAAGGCCCACCUCCUGCUCCUGGUCACCCCAGUUCUGCAGGUCCCUGCACCCCCACGCACUCCGCCGAGGCCCCCAGACACCCCACAUGGGCCCGCCCACGCCUGCCCCCAACUCUAACUCUGACCUUCAGCAUGAGCAGCCCUGAGCCGCCCACAGAGACACCUGGACCUGACGCCCCCACUGGGUCGACUCAGCCCACCUACAGCAACCUCGGUGAGGUCCGGGCCCACCUGCUGCCCUCCAAGGCCUGCCGGCCCCCCCGGAAAUCUGGGCCCCCCUCGGCUGACCCGCGGCCCCUGCCCCCACCCCUGCCCAAGAAGACCCUGUCCAGGACCCAGUCGCUGCCCACCUGCGGGGCCCCCAGCCACACCCCUGCUCCUGAAGGGCAGCCUCGGAGGGCCUUCCUGGGGUCCCACAGUGUGGACGAGAGCCAGGCGGGUGAUGGCCAAGCUCGGCCAGCCUGUCCCCCCACAGAGCCGGCCUUCGGCACCCUCGACGCCUCACUGGGCCUCUCCUGGCACCACCUGAGUCGCCCCGAGGCCACGCAUGCAGUCCUGGAGGCCCGGCAGCUGCAGGCCCUGCGCACCGUGCACGCCCGGCUGCAGGCCCGCCUCCUGGGCGGCCACCCGGGCCCCUGCUGCUCCGGCCACGGCUUCCGCCUCCUGGACAGCUCGCCCUGCGUGGAGAGCGGGGACGCCCUCUACUACCGCGUGGUGCGGGUGGGCAACGAGGCCUGGCACCUCCUGGCGGCCAAGGUGUCCAAGCCCGGAGCGGAGGAGCCUAGCCCGUGGGGCCUGGAGCUGCAGGCCUCCCUGCCCCCCCACUUCAACCUCCAGGGGCUGUGCGGCCUGGUGUCCGACGGCGCCCUGCCCGAGGCGCCCUGGACGGGCCCCGCGGUGCUGGCGGCCGAGGUGCCGGAGCGCACGCUGCGGGCGGCGGGCGGGGAGGCGCCCGGCCUGGAGGACUGGCUGCACUGCGAGUACCUGGCCGAGGCCACCGAGGCCUCGCUGGGCCAGGCGCUGGCACUGCUGCACCCUGACCAUGAGGGCCAGGGCGUGGUGCGCGAAUGUGGGCGCCUCCUCCCCACGCUGGAGACCUGGGCCCAAGUCGUCCCCAGGAAGGCGGGGGGCUCACACCAGCGCCUCCUGAGGCUUCCUGAUCCGGGGAUGCCCCAGCCCUCCUCCAGCAGAGGUGAGGAUGCCCCUCUAGUGCUGGAGUCUGAUGGCCGCUGUCCUCCCGACGCCGUAGCAGAGGCAUCUCUGGCCCUGGAGCACCCACUUGUGCUGAGGACCCCUGCAGCAGCCACUGCCCCAGGGAAGACCCCCACCUCUGUCAUCGCGGUUCUUGUGGAAGCAAAUGAAGACGUGGUCGGCGUGGAGCUGCUCCUCCGCGAACUCGAGAAGAACUGCGAAGCUGAAGGGCCCUCGCUGAGGAGCGGCAUGGUGCGGCUGAUGUGGAUGGUGGCGCUGGGUUUAUCCCCUUCCUUCUCUCUGGCGAAGCAGUGGCUGUUGAGGAUCCGCUGCAGGGAGGAUUUCACCAUCCGGCCGCUGGGGUCCGAAACCAGAAAACCUCCGCUGCGCUUCUCCGCGCCGCCGCCGCUGCUCGCCGUUCGCAAAAUGGCGCCGCCGCCGCCGCCCGCCUUUAUAGGAUUUUCUGCAUUCGUGUUUCACGUUUUCAGCCGGCUACAAUUAGAAACCGAGUCUUCAGGGUUAGAGACGCUCUCAUCUGAUGGACUCAGGGCCUUACCCUACGGUGCUAGGACGCGGGGCGUCACCGCGGGGAAACUGACCUUUCCACGCGUGCCCCGGACCCUCCGCGGGCAGAAGUGCCACUCCUUGCGCUUAAAUUCGGAAGCGCACUCUGCGAGCUAACUCUUGGGCUUACCGGGGAAAGUGCUGUUUCUUGCAGGUCCUGCUUUGUUUCAUGGGUUUAGGUUUCUGGCAGAUUUCAACAGAGGCUCAAAAGAAGCGUUACCUAGAGUUGAAGCAGCUCGUAUUUCUUUGUCUUCAGAAUUCCUGCCUCUCAUUUUUAUUUCAGUCUGCUGUGUCCUUUUGGGUUAAAGCCACAAAGUUUCCUCCAAAGGGACCUUGACUGAUUGCCAGGAGGAGCUUACUCCAGAGCGCGUUCGCCUAAUCCCUCCGAGUCUCCGUAUCCCCUUCCGUGCCCAUCACAGUGUUGGUUACGUUCAGGACUCCCAAAGAAAAGAAUGUCUAACUUACAGCUUCCGUCUAUGCAUUGUCACGACUCUCCUCAAACUAAGAAUUGAAGGUGGUGGGCCAACCAGAGAAUUUUCCUGGGGGAGAAUAUUUGAUCCAUGACUUACUUUAGAGUUGCAGUUCUCGGGGAAAAUUAAAAGCAGGUGGAUUGCCGAUA